AUGAGUAAAGCGAACAGAAGAAAAGGAAACGCCAAGGUUCAUAGUUUAACAUAACUUCAUUUUUUUCUUAAAUUGUUAUCCUCCUUUUUAAGACUGCUAGUAGCUCGGCUGCUGCUAGCUAUCUUGGCGAUGGGGCAUCGAAAAUGAAUAUGACCCCGGAGAUGAACAUUUUCGAUGUUGUUGAUCCAAGUAUUGAGCCACAAAACGAAAUUGACGCCGAAGUUAAGAUCGUAUUGCGGAAGUUGUCGAAAAAAGACGCCCAUACAAGAGAAAAAGUUGGCAUUUCACCCAUCUCAUUCUCCAAAGAAUUUUCAGGGUUUGAGAGAACUUUUGGAGUUAUUGCAAGGGUCAGACCAAUCUUCAAUGGAAAUAAUUUAUGAACAUUUUACGAGCGCCUUCGAUCGCCUAGCCACGGUAUAUCGAACUCUGCUAGUUAAACUUUUGAGAUUUUUAGGAUGGAAGUCCAACUGUUCGACUUUUGACCAUCCGCACUUUAGGGCUUUUCAUAACGAAACUUCAAAAAGCGGCAUCAAAAGGACUGAAAAGGGUGAGCUAAAAAAAAUUCUUUCUUUCGAUUUUUCCUACUUGUUCUUUCCAGUCGAUGCCGUUCUUAAUGUUCGCUCUCAGUGAUAUGAGCAACAGUGUUUGUUCCCAAGCGGAUGCUGUGUUUAAAGAUAAUUUCGAUGGCGAAAAGAGAAUUCAAGCUUUCAAAGUUUUUGCUGCAAAUACGAUUGAUAUGGCUGUCGAGGUGCUGAUUCCAGAUUUCCGAAUAAGUUUUCAUUGUAGAUAGUUUUUGGUGUUAACGACAUCACCCUUCCUACGAAGUACGACGAUGAAGAGUCUCCAGAACAACGCUUGCAUCGUCUGACCUCUCAAGCCCUGGGCACCAUACAGAAACUCGCGAACAAAUUGAAAGAACAACCAGAACUGUGGGAGAAAAGCGCUGCGAAACUAUUUUCGGAGGGCGCAAAACUGCAGAAGCUACUGGCAGGUCAGCAGACAAACGUAAGCCUCUCGAAAGACUCGACGAACAGUCCUGUUGCAGAUCAAGAUUGGACUCCUGUCCAUUUGUCUGUAUCUUCCGGAGAAAGUGCACCUCAUCACCAAUUCUCCGCUUUGCGCCUGGGUGAUGGCUUCUCUGGACUCUUCUGAUGAGGCCGUCUGCUCCGUUGCAUGGGAAGCGUUCGUCAAUAUCGUUGCCGAGAAAUCGUGAGAGUCUCCGCAUGCAAAUUUAUCGAUUUCUCUAGGUUUUACGAGAAGAAUUCCUUGAAAAAAAGCACGAUUCCUCGAAUUUUGAAUGUCGUCAGGAAAAAAGAAAGGUUUAAAACAAGUUCUGUACGGUAAUAUCCGGAAAUUAAGUCAUUGGAAGCGAAUGGCGCACUAUCUUCUGCCAGCCACUUCGUUACUGUACAACGUUGUGAGAGAAGAUGGCGGCGAGGAGGCCGCUUCACAUUUCCUCGCAUCUUUGCUCGAGUCUUUCCUCGACAGAUUGCCUUUUCCCGCUUCUGCGCCACCCUUGACGGCUUGCGAAUGGGCCAAUUCCUUCGGAGAGCUCAUCCAAUGGUCGCUCGGCCAGGUCCCUCAAUCGUCGAGGCUCAUCUCCAAGCUCUGCGUUACGCUCGUGAGUUUUUUUUUUUGAAAUUCUUUCUCCUUUACGAGUUAUGGAGAAAAUGGUAUAGAAGAACUCCAAAGAAGUUUGCAAAAUAGCAAAAGUACAAAAUUUAUGAGGAAGUUCAAAAAAACAUUAUCUUUUUUCCCAUCUCUAUACAAUUGUUUUUCGUAGCUUUUUCGAAACUUUUUUUUUUCGAUUAUUGAAGGUUUAUCUCUCACAAUUAUCUCUCCUUUUUACUCGUUAGUAUUUUAGAGAUCCACGAAAACCUCAUAAGAAGCUUCUAAUAACCGUGUUCGCCAGUACAAGACAAGUUUCAGAUGGUGAAAGCUUGCGAGGCGACAUCGCGGUGGGCGAACGGCGAGGUUGCUCAAAAAUUGGCUUCUCUCAUAUGCCGGGUCCUUGGAAAAAGUUUCCUCGACAUGGGCGAGACACAGGAAUUAUGUCAGAUUUUAGAGUUCAACAUUAAUUGCAAUGUUAGUUUUUGUGACAAACCAAAAUUCAUUGAAAUAAUUUCAGCGUGAAUUGAACGAAAAUUUGUGUAGAGAACUCUUGAUGAACGGAAAAUGCCUGGCCUUGUGCGAUUUGCACUCUUCCGUCCUGCGUCACCCUCUGCCGCCACCCUUUUUCGCCUUCCAAACUCUGUUAAACUCUGAGGACAAGUAUCUUUCUAAAGUCCUGACGGUUCUCCAAUUGGUUCUGUUUUCUUUUUAAAUGUCUUUUUCCAGCAAACAGACUUUUUCCGCUCAACUCUUCCUACGUCACAGUGGAGCAAAGAACAAGCGAAAGUGAUCGUCAAGUUGAUCGAGCGCAUAAUAGGCUUAAAAUCGCCAGAGACCCCAAAAUUUGAGGCAAGCAUCGUGCGUAAUAUUAUGUAAUAUUAUAAUAUAUUUCAGCUUGGGAAUGAUGCGUUUUGUCGCGAACUUAUCAGCGUUGCUGCUGUGGCGAAAACCAAAGGAAAUCCCCAAAUGUGGGAUUCUUUCGGAAAGAAUGUUAGCUUGGCUGUUCUGGAGAAAAUGCUCGAUUCUUGGAAAAGUGAGAGAAACGGCACGGACGCAGCUCUCCUCCUUGACGCUAUUUCCGUAGUUUUUUUUGUUUUGUAUUAUCAUUCAAAUUUAUUUAAGAGAGAUGAUCGGGCGAAUUUCAGUGGAAAUCUUAUGAAUAAAGUUUCCAGCCACGAUGGACGAUUUAUUGGCGAGUUUCUGCAGAAUUCUGUUCAUGUAUGUAUCUUUUCAAUAUUUCCUCCGAAUCAACGAUAAAACUAAUUAGCAACAGUAAAUUUUCCAUUUUAAAGCUUGACGAUUCUACGCGCUCCAAUCUUUCGAACAUUCUGUUCAGAGCGAUUAUCACAGAUCCGAGAUCAAAUGGUUUUUUGCAAAAAGAAAUUUAAAAUUAAUCGAUUUGUUGUAGAGAUUGGCGAAGCUGCAAAAGUGUUAGCAAAAUUUCCGCCAUCGGGAAAUGUGUUGGAGGAAUUUCCUCAGUUCCUGAAUGAGGCUAUUUCCUCGGAGUAGGAGAGUUUUCUGAAUCUGUUCCAAUGGACCUCUUCAGCCAUACGGACAUAGAAGUUUCUGAAGUUUGCGAUCUUUUAUUCGACGAGUUGGCGGCUGCCGAUGAAUUCUCAAAGAAAGACGUGGUGUCAAGGAUGCUAUCGAACCCUUCAAAGAUGGAAAAGCUACUGAAAAGCUUCGAUUUUGUGAGUUUUUGAUUGUUUUUUCGAUACUAAAUAGAAUUAUUAAAAUUAAUGAUUUCCGAUUCCAGUUGAACGUUGACGUUUUAUCUCAUUCAUCGCUGAUAGCUGGAGAAGAAGAGUUCUCGGCGAUUGCAAGCUGUUCCUUAGACCUGACAGAGGAACUCAUGCUCUACCUGUCUUCAUGUUUACGCGUCUCAGUUGUCAACCUUUCGAUCUCAAGUAUUCGCUAUUUUCCCAAUUGGUGGAAGUCAUCCAGUUUGUAGAUGAUCACGUGGAGGAUAACGCUCAUGGAAUGGCCGCUCUCCUUCUCACUGUUGUCGAGUUUGUCGUCCUUCGCAGGCCUUCGACGCUCAUCGAAGAAGAGCUCCGAGAUCGCACUCUCUUGCUCAAGGAGAAGAUUGUAAGCGAUCCCUUAGCCAUACAUGAGCAGACUCUUUUUGGACGCCGCCAACCGUUCCUACUAAUUAUUUUUAAACUAAAGCCGUGACUACCUCCCUGAGGUUCAAGUUGUUUUUAGUUUUACCAACCUCCCUGGACUUAAAAAAAUCAUUUUUUUAUUCAUUUUUUUAAAGUUAGUUUCAUAAGGUCCUAUCUUCUGAAAAGUGGUGUUUUGCAAUUGCCCAUUUAUGCUCUCAAAAAUUUUUUCAAUCCGUUUCGGUGUUAGGGUGAUUUGCUCCUUAUGAGAAACAAGUGAGAAAAGAACUUUCUUUUGGAGAAGCUGAACACAAAAAGACAACCAUCUCUGUUCCAGAAUCUUGAUCUCGCUCUGAGGUCUUUGGUUGGUUUUUUUGCCCGUCGCCACGACAACACGUCUUUUCUUCUUCUCAAAACCCUAUCUUCGUUGAUUUGCUUGUCUAACUCCGAACUGCUGCAUGAUGACGAACUUUCUCAGUGCUCUACAGUCGCACGCACUUAUUUGGGGAUGAACGACCGGAUAAGUGAGCUUUCUGACGCUGCAGAUCUUCUUCUUCGGUUAUCUUCUACCAGCAUUCUCUGAAUAUAUUAAUUUUCUUUUAAGAUUCAAAAAUGAUUCAUCGCUGUUGUUUUUGGAACACCUCCAAGCUUUAUUCCAAGAUGGAUCGGAGCCUGAACUUUUUUGUGCCAAGUAGGAGGAAUCUUUGAUCUUUCAUGUACACUAUUUAAAUCCAGAGAUGACGAUCAUUUCUUAUGGAUGAAGAAUAUUCUUUGGCUUCGCGCAUGGGAAAAUCUCAAUUCUUCUUUGACAAUUUUCGAAGUCGAGGACGAAAUUUUCAUCGACUUCAUGCUUUGCGGUCUGGUAACGAUGAUCGAUGUAUGUUGUUUGGUUUUUUCUUUCUUGUUACAAUUCUAUUUGAAGAGCUUGAACGACCUGUUUCAAUCUGGAGCGUCGUAUGACAUGCGCAUAGAAGCCUUGGCUUCCCUGGCUCUCCGGAUUUUCGUACGUAUUUCCCGUGUUGCAGACGCUUACAAAGUGGAAAACGUUAAAGUCACGGUAUUUCUGUUUUGCUAAAAACGUGAGGCCCAAUUUCUUGCUAGGAAUGGAAAGAAUUCUACGCGGAAGCGAUCAUGAGGACAAUAUUGCCGUGGUGUUCUUUGCUUCUUCAUGGUAGUUUGCCUUUUUUUUUUGCCCACAGCUCAUUCUCUCGCAUUUAAAGGUCCUUUUGCCAAGAAGCGACUAACUCCCUCGCCUUUCGUUUUUUCUUUGAUGUCGGCGAUAGAACUGAUCCGCGUAUCCGAGUUUCUGCCUGAAAGUGUGGAAGUUCCCAUGAAAUACAUUCCUGAACUGGAAUCUUUCAAGUAAGCUUCAUAGUUUUGCAUACUUGUGCCAGGCCACUUUUAAAAUGAGUCACUAGUCGCAUACUCUCUCUUAAAACUGAUCGAUAUGGCUUGAAACUUGGUGAGAUUCAUUUCAUUUCAUAUGUUUAUUCGCCAUUCCGCAAUCUGCACGACAAAUAAAAAAAAAAUAAAACAUCAAAACAAUCAAAUAAAUCUAACAGCUGAUCUGUGGAAACGGCUGGAGCAAACGAUUGUCUGUAUAGAUGAUGUAGGAUUUGAAGCUGAUUUGCUCCUCUCCGUCGGAAAUUAUCUUCAAAACCAUCUGAAUAUCUGGUGAAAAUCGGAAAGUGAUGAAUGUGCUCCCCUAGCACACGUAUGUAGUUUAGUCAACUCUUUUCUCGUCUUUCAGCUACUCGGACGGAGAUCACAGCCUGAUAUCGGCCGCCUUUCAGCUUCUUCGGGAUGGCGUCGUGGAAGUUCAGAUGAUUGGAGUUCAUUUGGCUAAAAUGUGAGUUUGAUUCAUUUUUCUCAUUAAUUUAUUAAAAUUUUUUCAAUUCAAUCAUUUUUAACUUUUUGAAUUUUUUCGGGUUUUUAAUUACGGUUUGCGCAAAUAUUUUUUGAGUGCUUUCAUAGUUCUUCACAGUCUUAGAAUUUUUCUGGGCGAUCUCUUUUUGAAUACUGUGUUUUUGUUGAUUCAUUUAGACUUUCAGGCUCAUGCCAGACAUGUUCACAAAAGAGAAUAAAGAGAAUAUAACGGAAGAGGCAGGCGAGGACACGGUAGUAAUAGAAGUUAUAAAAGGGUCAUUUGACUAUAUUUGAAGGUGUUGCCGAAGAAGGAUUCUCUGCGAGUUCCGAUAAUGCUUUCAAAGGCGAUCGAUGAGCUGGCUGGCAGCUCAAAAUGGACUCUGGUAAUGCUCCUCGACGUGGCUCUGACACCUCUCACGGUGAGUGAAUAAACUUGAGUUCCAUGGAGCAUAUUUGUGUUUAGUCGGGUUUGUCCGAUGAGGUCAGGAUGGGCUAUUCUGACGCCCUCACUCCUGUUCUCAACUGCUGCUUGCCCACUCUUUUCACCAAGCUACAAACUUGCAGUUUGAGCAUCAAAAAACAAUUUUCCUUUCACUGGCUUUUUAGGUCCCACUGUGCGAGAUUUUGCCGGAAUCGAGAAAAACCAGACAUCAACUGAUUUUUACGGACCAUACGCCAGUCAAGUCCUGUAUAGGUAACUUUUUGUUUUUUUUUUUCAUCCUAUCUUGACUUUGGAAGGGUUCUGAGUAUCGUUCCAGCCGCUUUCCGGAUCUGGUACAAGAGUCUCCCCACCAACGCUGCGACGAUCGUGCGAAAGUAAAUACUUUUCAUCAAAUUUGUCCAAAAAAACAAAUUUUUUAAGACGCGUAAAGCCGGAAAUGUGUAAGAGUUUGAUCGACAACGAGCUGCAAAAAGUGAAGGCCGCGAAUCGAGAUUUGAAGAAAGAUUCUGCCGAUUUGAAAGUAGGCUUCAGCAAAAUCACCAGGAGAGUCUCGAAAAUCAUAUCGAGCUAGAAUUUCAAAGGCAGUUAAGAAAUUGAAAUCUUUCAAUUCGGGAGUUAUUUCGAGAUAUUAAAGGCACAACUAUCAAAUAACCCACUUGAGUAUAGAAAGUGCUGCCCAACAAAAUAAUGCAGUUAGAAAAGAAGAUUUUCUGAAGUUUCUAUCCUUCUGUCGUUCACUUUGGCACUGAUUAGCAUCCAAGUCAAUUUUUAGAUUCGCGUGGUGCCGGUUUCGGGUGAAGUGUUUGCGGAAUACACUGUCGAGGAGACGACGAUGAAGCUGAGCAUCCGGAUGCCGGCCGAUUAUCCGCUCGCCGUGCCGACCGUCGAACUCGACAACGCCAUUGUGCGGUCGGAUCGAGCCAAAAGAUGGCUCCUCCAGCUCACCGUAUAUUUAGUACACCAGGUUUUUUUUUUUUUGAAAUGCGUGAUGAACUUUUUUGUACCACCGGAUCUUGUAGAACGGGUCGAUCGUUGACGGCGUCCUGAUGUGGCGUCGGAACGUAGACCGCGACGUGGAAGGCGCGGAGACGUGCACCAUCUGCAUGAUGAUCGUCCAUUCGACGACUCAUCAGAUGCCCAAGGCUUGCCAUUUCUUCUUCCUUCAUUUGAUCUUUUCGUUUUUCAUACUAACUUGAAAAAGAGCUUCUAAGUAGUCCUGAAUAUUACCAAAUUGAAUUUUUAAAUGAAAUUUGCUUCUGUUUCAGGUGAAAUGUCGCCAGUGUAAGAACAAGUUCCACUCGAACUGCCUGGUCAGUUUUUCCUCACUUGAAAUUUCGACGAGUUCUGAUAUUUCAGUACAAAUGGUUCGAGUCGAGCAAUCAAUCCAGUUGUCCAUUGUGUCGCGCCAACUUCACUGGACAUUAG